AGCCACCCCACGCCCCCUCGGUGCUUCCCAGCCCGGCCCGAGUCCCGCUGCCCACGGUUGUCCCGGGAGAAGCUCCAGCCGUGCCAGGAGCCCGGGGAGGAGCCGCGGUCCCUCGGGACAGCAGGGGCUGCCCCAUCUCCAUCCCGAGCUUCGCUCCGCUCGCUCGGCAGCUCCAGGAGCCGGCGGGAAGCAGGAAUCUUGUUUUGAUUUGGGGUUGGUUUUUUUUUGUAAAAAACACGCAAAAAAAGGAAAGGCAGCAGAAGCUCCCCGGGGAGGGGGCGCAGGGCCCGGCCCCCCCCAGCCCCCCCCGGCUCUCUCUCUUGAUAUCUAUUUUUGCAUUUGUAUAUUUUUAUAUAGGAAACUUUAAGCAUUUGUAUUUUAAUAACCCUGUGAAGCACUAUGAGCUCCCCCCGACCCCCCCAGCCCGAAAUCCACAAAGGAUUGGGACAAACAACAGGAGGUUUCUUAAUUUAAUGGUCAAUUUGGUGAUUUUACCCCCACCCCGACGCCCCUCGAGCCCAGCUCUGUCCCGGAGGGGAUCGGGUGCCAAAGCCCAGCCCGGCUCGGGCGCUGGGAUGUCCCGGGUGGGGUCCCCGGUGUCCCCUCCCUCCCCGUGGACUGUCCCCAAGGAGCUCGGCUUUCCUAUGGAAAGGGACCCCAGGGAGGGAGGGGGCCCCAGGGACCCCCGGGGGGCUCUCUCAGAGCCUGGGCUGCUCCCCUGCGGUUUUUGGGGGGAUCAGAGCAUUUCGGGGGGGGGAGUCCACACCACCAGCGCUGCUCCCAGUGCCGGGGGGUGGGGGGCAGCUGGAUCCCACCGCCCCCAUUUUGGCUCUGUUGGCACCGGGGUCCCCUCCCGGCUCCCGGCACCCCAAAGCCCCCAGCAGCCCCCAGACCCCCCCAGCCAUUCCCGGGACACAAAACACAAACGUGCCUUGACAAGGGGGUGUCAGGCUGGGGUGAGCCCCCCCCUGCUCCGCUCCCACGCCCCUCAGAGGGGCUGGGGGGCUCUGGGGGCUGCCCCCUCCCCCAGCUUUAAUCCACUGUCACCCCUUCAUUCCGGGGGGCCGGGGCCGGUUCUCUAUGCAGCGGGGGGGUCCUGGGGGGUCCAGCCCCCCAAACUGGCAAUAAUUCUCUCCCUGUUUGAUCUCGUCCCAUCUCUGUUGUUUUAAUUUGGGGAAGGGGAGGGGCGGGGGGGUUGGUUUUCACAAAUCCGGUGGCUGAUGUCAUAAACCUCCCCCCCAAAAGCCGAUUUUUUUGGGGGGGAGGGGGUGGUGGAUGAUUUUUUUUUUUGGGUCCCAAAGUGCUAUUUUUUUGUACAAAAAGACUUAGAUGAAACUGUUAGUUUUGGGGGGCUCCUUUGUAAAUGGGGAACGACGAGUUCUUUUUGUAAUAAACACGAGUCGCUGGCGUUGUCUGGAAGUCUGAGGGGGGGUCCCUUGGUGGGCACGGCCGGUUUUGGGGGGUGGCAGGGGGUACAGGGGACACUGGGCUCCGUUUGGGUGAUGCAGGGCAGGGGGCCAGGCCUGGCUGCCCGCCCCCCAGACACCCUGGCUCUCUCCUCCCUGAUGCGGGGGCAGCACCUUCCUCCUCCUCCUUCUCCUUUUCUUCCUCCUCCUCCUCCUCCUCCUGCUGCUCCUGCUCCUGCUGCUCCCGCUCGCUCCUCUUCCCACCGGCCCCGCGGAGGCUCCCAUGGGGCGCCCAGGUCCCCAGAACCUGACCUGCGUGUCCUACAAGCACCCGAGCGUGCGGGGCGCGCUGGGGGACGCGGGGGGGGCGGCGGCCGGAGCCGUGCGCUGCCCCCCCGGGCAGUGCUGCGUGGGCAUCUGGAACCGCAGCCACGCUCUGGUGCAGGGCUGCUGGGGGGGCCGGGGGGACGCCUGUCCCUCGGCCACCUGCGCCCCCAGCCCCGCGGGCCACCCGGGCAGCUCCGUGCUGCUGUGCCUGUGCCACGGCCACCUCUGCAACGGCAACGCCACCGGCACCGCGGCGACCACCGGCGGGCUGGGGGGAGCCCGCCAGGGCCCAGUGCCCGGCCGGGGCGGGUCCUCGGGGACCCUGUGGCUGCUGGGUGCCAGCCCCCUCCUCAUCCUCCUCAUCUGUCUCGGUGUCCUCGGGCUGCGCUGGACGAGGGCCCGCACGGGGCAGCCACCGCGGGGGGGGCGCAGAAUCGGGGUCCCCCCGCCGGAGCCCCCCAGCCCGGACCUGCCUGCGCUGCGCUUCCUGCAGGUGCUGCAGUCCGGGCGCUUCUCGGCCGUGUGGCGGGGCACGCUGCGCCAGCGGCCCGUGGCCAUCAAGGCGUUCGCGGCCGGGGCCCGCCGGAGGUUCGCGGCCGAACGCGCCGUGCACUCGCUGCCGCUGAUGGAGCACGAGAACGUGGCCAGGCUGCUGCACACCCGGGCGGCCGCGCCCCGGGCCCGCGGGGGGCUCCUGGUGCUGCAGCUCUACCCGGCCGGCUCCCUGCGCCACUUCCUGGGGCAGCACGUGGGCACCUGGGCGGGCAGCGUGCGCCUGGCGCUGUCCCUGGCCCGCGGGCUGGCCUUCCUGCACCAGGAGCUGUGGCGUGACGGGCUGUACAAGCCCAGCGUGGUGCACCGGGACCUGAGCAGCCAGAACGUGCUGGUGCGGGAGGACGGCACCUGCGCCAUCGGCGACUUCGGGCUGGCGCUGGCGCUGCCACCGCGUGCCCAGGACAGCGCCGGGAGCCGGCACAGCGUGGCCAUCCGCAAGGCGGGCACCCAGCGGUACCUGGCACCCGAGAUCCUGGACGAGAGCCUGGACCUGCGGGCCUGGGGCCGGGCGCUGCGCCAGGCCGACGUCUACGCGCUGGGGCUGCUGCUCUGGGAGAUCCUGUCCCGCUGCCAGGCCCUGAGCCCCGGAGCCCCGGUGCCGCCGUUCCGCCUGGCCUACGAGGCCGAGCUGGGCUCCAGCCCCAGCGGGGCUCAGCUGCGCCGCUUGGCCGCGGACGAGAGGCGGCGGCCGCUCAUCCCCCCGGCCUGGCACCGCACCCCGCAGGCCGGGGGGGCUCUGCCGGAGCUGCUGGAGGAUUGCUGGGACCCGGACCCCGAGGCGCGGCUCUCGGCCGAGCGGGCGCUGCAGCGGCUCCAGCGCUUGGCCGCGGGGCCCGCACCGGCCCCGGGGGACCCCGGCCCGGGGGCCGCCCCCCGCCAGGUCCUGGAGUCUCCCCCCAUGUGGAACCCUGGUGCAGGUACAGGGGGACACCCCAAACUGGGGGCGCUGCCUUGACCCCUCCGGGGUCAGACUCCCCCCUCAAUCUCCUCCUUUUCCCCCCCAGGACAGCCGCCCCCC